AAGGAAGUUUCCAGAGCUUUCGAGGAAGGUUUCUUUAACUCGAAUUCAUCCGCCCUAUAAUUUUCUCAUAUUUUCCUAAAGAAGGAAGAGAAGCGCAUAGAGAAGAAGGGACAUAAUUUGUUAGGAUCCUUCCUUACGGCUAUGAGGAAUUUGUGGCUCAGUUGAAAAGCCUAAACUACGUUUCGGGAGUUUGGGCGCGGCGAACUACUUUCAGCGGCGCACGGAGACGGCGUCUACGUAAGAAGUCAAAAUGCAGAUCUUCGUGAAGACCCUGACCGGCAAGACCAUCACCCUUGAGGUGGAGCCCAGUGACACCAUCGAAAAUGUGAAGGCCAAAAUCCAGGAUAAGGAAGGCAUUCCCCCCGACCAGCAGAGGCUCAUCUUUGCAGGCAAGCAGCUGGAAGAUGGCCGCACUCUUUCUGACUACAACAUCCAGAAAGAGUCGACCCUGCACCUGGUCCUGCGCCUGAGAGGUGGUAUGCAGAUCUUCGUGAAGACCCUGACCGGCAAGACCAUCACCCUGGAAGUGGAGCCCAGUGACACCAUCGAAAAUGUGAAGGCCAAGAUCCAGGAUAAAGAAGGCAUCCCCCCCGACCAGCAGAGGCUCAUCUUUGCAGGCAAGCAGCUGGAAGAUGGCCGCACUCUUUCUGACUACAACAUCCAGAAGGAGUCGACCCUGCACCUGGUCCUGCGUCUGAGAGGUGGUAUGCAGAUCUUUGUGAAGACCCUGACCGGCAAGACCAUCACCCUUGAGGUGGAGCCCAGUGACACCAUCGAAAAUGUGAAGGCCAAGAUCCAAGAUAAAGAAGGCAUCCCCCCCGACCAGCAGAGGCUCAUCUUUGCAGGCAAGCAGCUGGAAGAUGGCCGCACUCUCUCUGACUACAACAUCCAGAAGGAGUCGACCCUGCACCUGGUCCUGCGCCUGAGGGGUGGCUGUUAAUUCUUAAGUCUUGCGUUUGCAGUGCCCAGUGAUGGCAUUACUCUGCACUAUAGCCAUUUGCCCCAACUUAAGUUUAGAAAUUACAAGUUUCAGUAAUAGCUGAACCUGUUCAAAAUGUUAAUAAAGGUUUCGUUGCAUGGUAGCA